AUGAGCGACGACAUGCACGAAGACAUGGAAAUGGCGGACAGCGACGAGCUGGACGACGAAGAAGAAUUGGACGAUGAAGAAGACGACAUGAACGACGACGAUGACGAUGCGAAUGCCGCUCAAGCACCACCACCUCCAGCUGCCGAAGAAGACGCCGCAGUCGCUCGUCGUCGUGCCAUUCAAGAAAUCAUGCGCGAUACGACCCUCAGUGAAGAGGAGAAGCGUCAUCGCAUUCAGUCGCUCAUGAGCGGAGGACGAACGGCCGUGGCGCCGCCUCCCGCUCCUGUCAUUCCGGCACCCGAAGGAAAUGCCGCGUGUGUCCAUUACGAACGCAAUUGUAACAUUGUCGCGCCGUGCUGCAACCGUGUGGUGGGGUGUCGUAUAUGCCAUGACGAACUCAGUCCAGCCGGACAUCCGCCCAUGAAUCGAUUCUUGGUCCGAGAGGUGGUCUGCAAGUUAUGCAAUACUCGUCAGGCUGCAGGAAACACCUGCAUGAAUUGCAACGCUCAGUUUGGGGAAUAUCAUUGUGGAAUGUGUAACCUCUGGAUGUCUCUUAGCAAAAAACCCUUCCAUUGCAAUCGCUGUGGAUUUUGCCGCGUCGGUGGCGUGGAAGCCUUUCGUCACUGCAACGAAUGCUGCAUGUGCAUCUCCGUCACGGUCUUUGACACACACCAGUGCCUCCGCGACAAGUACAAGAACAAUUGUCCCGUCUGUCGGGAAGACAUGUUCUCCUCGAGACAGUCACCACAAGAUUUACCCUGUGGACAUGCCAUUCAUGCCCAUUGCUUUCGAAAGCUCGCCGGGUUUGACUACCGAUGCCCCAUUUGCAAAAAGACGGUUGUUUCCCAACAGUCCAUGGCGGCCGCAUGGGAAGCACGUGCACGAGACAUUGCCGAACAUCCCAUGCCACCCGAUCUGCAACGCGUCGUCGAUAUCAUGUGCAAUGAUUGCGAAACCAAGAGUCACAGCCAGAAUUGGCAUUUUCUGGGAAUCCAGUGUCCUCGCUGCAAUUCCUUCAAUACCGUCGUCGAACAGGUAUUGAGUACGGGUGCGGGGGAUGCGGAAAACCAACAAGGCAACACGGCCAGUGGAUCGGCGUAG